UUGCGCGGUGACGGAAUUUGGCCGGCGUCCCUACCCGUGGUGUCUCGGGCGGCCUGAUGGCUGCGCCAGGCAGCUGACCUUAGCGAGCCCUGAGCCCGCGUCCGCCGGCCUCAGAGCGCGAGGGCGCCGCUUUUGCCGGUGGCGGGCGGCGACCGGAACGACCGUGCUGCUGCCUCUGCAGCCUUCCCUGUGCCGGAGGAGCUUCGCCUCGAGCUGAGGACGCGGUUGCCGGCUGCAGGAACUUUAUGAGACUUUCAGUAUAUGAAAAAUGCUUCAUUUCCUAAGUGGAAUAUAUCCAGAGGUCUCAGCAUAAUACUAGCAUAAUACCUACAUAUUUUCUGCCUGCUCCUUAGCCUUACACUUAAUGACUUGUAAGGAAGCACCAUGGCCUGUGCUGCCCUGUUGAUUCCCAGGUUAUUGCGAGGCUCUGUUGGUGCCAUUUGUACUCGGUCUGCUUUGUGGAAGUUGACAUCCAGCACUUUGCGUCACCUUGCUCAAACCAGCGUAAUGAAAUCCAAAAGGAAAACUGAUCACUUGGAGAGAACUGCGAGUGUCAUUCGGCAGGAGGUCGUAGCUGCAGCUAAAGUGUGUGGAGCUGCCAAUGAGUCACCAUCAGUGAAGAGCCUGCACUUGCUUGUUGCUGAUCAAGAUUUUUCCUUUAAAGCUGGUCAGUGUGGUGUGUAUGGAAAUGGGUCCUGCAGUGCUCUCAAGAGAAAAACAACAACCAGGGUUGGUGUGAUGUUGCCCAUCCCAUGUACACUUGACUCUGAAGUGGAGGUGAGAGUGGGUGGAGAUUUCUUUUUUGACCCUCAACCGGAAGAUGCCCCUAGGAACCUCGUGUUGAUUGCAGGAGGGGUUGGAAUUAACCCUUUGCUUUCCAUCCUGAGACACGCAGCAGACCUCCAUCGAGAAUGGGCAAACAAAGGAUGUGGCUAUGAGAUAGGAACAGUCAAACUGUUCUACAGUGCAAAAAAUACCAGCGAACUUCUUUUUAAGAAAAAUAUCCUUGAUUUAGUAAAUGAAUUUCCUGAGAAGAUUGCGUGCAGUUUGCAUGUUACAAAACAGACUACACAAAUCAGUGCGGACCUUAAGCCAUACAUCACGGAAGGAAGAAUAACAGAGAAGGAGAUAAGAGAUCAUAUUUCAGAAGAGACUUUGUUCUAUAUUUGUGGCCCACCUCCAAUGACAGACUUUUUCUCCAAGCAACUAGAAAACAACCAUGUUCCCAAAGAACACAUUUGCUUUGAGAAGUGGUGGUAGCAGCAGGCCAAGCAACAAAACUGGAAGACUGACAGCCAUUUGGGAGAGUAAGAGAUACUAUUUAAUAGCAUCUAUCUCUACUUGAGCUGUCUUUAGGACUGAAGUGACCACUGGUGAAUAAAAGAAAAGCUAGCUAGCACCACACUUAACUGUAAACUUUUUGGGAAGAAUUUAUUGAUCAAACUAUUUUUUUUACCAUAUUGAUUUUCUUCUAAUUUCCUGUUUAAUUAUCUCAGGAUACACUCUGAGUUGGGUAUUACAGUGUUUUUUUUUUUUCCUUUUGCCCUUAGAGGAAAAUGAAAUGUGUAUAUUUAAUCAUGGGAAAUAAUAAGUUUUUGUGGGAAGUGUUUAAAUUAUUUGGCAGCAGUUUAUAUACCUUAUGUUCAUUGAACUUAUCAUUUAAAUAUAUUCUUUAUUUUUAAAAUUCA